AAUAAACUCAAUUAUAUAGCAGACGUUUCGGGCCUAAAUAUUAAAUCAAACGAUGACCAAAUUAACCAACUGACUCACAACGGAGGGCAACUGUUGGGUUAUUCAACUGGCCUGUGCCAAUGAUCAACAAGGCCAUUACUGCUGAAAAUCAAAUCCGGAAUGGCAGAACUGUAACUGAGGGUUUGAAAAUUCAGCAUUCUAAAUGUUACCAAGAUGACAAAUUACAAAUCCAGUGCCCUAACCACUAGGCCACGACGCCUCCUUAAAAGGAAAGAUUCAACUCACCGUGACAAUAAAAUAUCAUGAUAAAAUUCGUUUUCUUCCCUUUUUUUCAGCUACUUCGUCCGAUUGUGAGAAUCCUCCGCUAGAUAUAGCUAUCGUUAUUGACCAAACGAAGAGCGUAGGAGAGGAAAACUAUGAUAAAAUGUUGGACGCGGUCAAAUCUCUCAUUGACAAGUAUGAUGUUGGCGAAGACAAAACGCACUUCUCGAUCGUCACGUACGCUAAAAACGCCAAAGUUCGCGUUAGUCUUGACAAUCCAGCGUACCACAGCAACGAGAAGCUUAAAGAACUCCUUGACCUAAUGAAGACAAACGACAAAUUAGGAAGCCCUACAAGGACUGACGUAGCACUCAAAACAGUCGGCGAAGAAGUGUUUGUUGAAGGGAAAGGCGAUCGACCAGAAUCACCGAAUAUCAUGAUCGUUUUCACUGACGGGAAUACGCACAAAAGUUCAAAGCCCUAUGAUACCGUGAUACCAACGCUUGAGAAAGCUGGCGUUCAUCGAGUCGCUGUUGGCAUCGGGAAGGNUUAUUUCCAUUGUAUUAGAUGCUGGUUGUUUGAAUUCCCCAACUGA